CAACUACCACUCCUAACCUACUGGUACCAAUCUACUUCUCACUACGGUUGACAGACACAUCGUUAGUCUGUAACCCAAGCCAUUGACCUGAGCUUCCGCUGCCUUAUCUGCCUCCUCUCCUGGCCGCGGUCCGCGGCAAUACUUCCCGCUUCAUUAGCUGUCUCCUCUGCCCCCGGCGACGCGCGGAUCUGUCGAUCGAUCGGACUGAAGGAGGAGGAGGAGGAGGAGGCAUGAAGGUGCAGUGCGACGUGUGCGCGGCGGAGGCGGCCUCGGUCUUCUGCUGCGCCGACGAGGCCGCGCUGUGCGACGCGUGCGACCGCCGCGUCCACAGCGCGAACAAGGUCGCCGGGAAGCAUCGCCGCUUCUCCCUCCUCCAGCCGUCGUCGUCGUGCGCCCAGAAGCCGCCGCUCUGCGACAUCUGCCAGGAGAAGAGGGGGUUCCUGUUCUGCAAGGAGGACAGGGCGAUCCUGUGUCGGGAGUGCGACGUCGCGGUGCACACCACGAGCGAGCUGACGAGGCGGCACGGCCGGUUCCUCCUCACCGGCGUGCGCCUCUCGUCGGCGCCGAUGGACUCUCCCGCGCCGUCGGUGGAGGAAGCGGAGGAGGACAGCAGCAGCCCCCGCAGCGUAACCGGCACCGCCGCGGCGAGCGCGAACGACGGAAGCAGCAUCUCCGAGUACCUCACAAAGACGCUUCCUGGGUGGCACGUCGAGGACUUCCUCGUAGACGAGGCCACCGCCGCUGCCGCUUCAUCCUCCUCGGACGGGCUGUGCCAGGGUGGGCUGGCUCAGAUCGGUGGGGUGCCAGACGAUUACGCGGCGUGGGCCGGCCGGGAGCAGCUGCUCAGUGACGUUGCUGUCGCCGCCGACGAGCGGGCCAACCGGGAGCGGUGGGUGCCGCAGAUGCACGCGGAGUGGGGCGCCGGCAGCAAGCGACCAAGGGCGUCGCCUCCCUGCUUGUACUGGUGAAAAAACGUGCGCUUAUCGAGCCAGUACAUGCAUGUGUACUUGCUAAAGCUGGAAGAUAGGAGGUACUCGUAGGUGUUUGAUUUUGAGCUUAAUUAACGUGUGUUUUAUCCGUCCUGAAUCCUGACUGCUGAAUGUUUGGCGAAUGUGAGUGGUUGUGCCUUCUUGGUCGGCAAAGAACUCUGCGCGCUUGCGGAAUGCGAACAUGUCAAUUGUCAAACUGUACUAGUGUACUAUCUGCCAUUAAUCUUCCUGUUCACCUUCUGCAACUUCCGUACCGUAAAUCAGAUGUACUAGGGUUGUUUAGACCCGUGGCACAUUGGAUGUUUCGAAA